AUGCCUAAAACCAAGGCGCCCAAACCAAAAUUGUCCACACCCAAAGCAGGGUCGAGAUCAAAAACCAAGCCGAGACAGACGCGAUCGGUUGGAGGAUUACCCACCUUGGACGAGAUCCUUGACUUGCCUGAUGAACUGGAACUUGCGCGCGGUCCGCUUUUACGAGUUAGGUUUCCGACUUUGGGCGAGGAUAGUGAUGACGACGAGAUGCCUGAGAUUCCGCAAACAAGGGAGGAGCUGAGGCGUCUAUACAAGCCGUUCCCCAAGUUGGAAGUCUAUAAUGAUCAGGGAGAAUCGUUGUUCGAGGGCCCAAUACAGGUGCUUGACUAUAUUCAUAUUCGCGCUGGCGAAGUUGGGGGAGAAUCGGUUGAAGAUACCGAGCAGUGGUAUGGGCAAAUAACCUAUAUUGGUGCAAGAGACCCACCCGCAACCAAAACUCGUAAAGCUAAAGGGGAACCGACAGGGAGCAGGAACAACCUGACGUUUGUUUGCGAAUCGCAUGGUUUUACGAUCAUGGGAGUGAUGUUGAGCCAACGAUCCCUGAUGCCAGAGGACAAGCGUGCAAUUUUCCGAGAUCGAGUCGUGUCUCAACAUACUCCAAAGAACCAGUGUACCACCCGCUGCAAACUUUCAUACAAACCCGACCGGACAUCCAACACUUUUGCCCACGAAUCUCCUGUCGCCGACUGGAUGAUCGACUAUGAAUUACCGCCCGAGGAACUACAGCUUGUCGAUAUUGUUUCAUCUCGCAAAUCAGGGAAGCCGAAUCAAAAUAUCCCCAAUUUCGAGCAUUCGUCGGAGACUGAGGGCGAGGCUGACGGAGAAGACAAGAAUUCGCUGCAGCGUCGACUGGCGUUGGUUCGUCAACUCCCGCCUCUUGUUCGCUCGUUGGCUACGAGCGCAAUCACCAGAGGCAUCGACUCGGGCCAGGGAAUCGUUGGAGGUGCCUAUGUCAUUCAACAGGCGAGGUGGUUGGCUCGCAAGGUUGUUAUCGAAGGUGGUACUUUGACUCGAGAGGAAGAGGAAGAUCUAGCAGAAGAAGCCAAAUUGACCAAUCCUGAUGGAGGGCCGAAAUUGACGCAGCGAAAAUACCUGUGUCCUGCUUGUUCUGACCCGAUCUAA